UCUCCCUUCUCUCUGCUUCCUGGCCAGCACGAUGUGAGCAGGUUUCUCUGCCUGGCCCUUCCACCAUAUUGUUCCUGCCUUGCAGCAAGCUGACUCUGCAAAGACUAACUUCUGAAACUAAAUGUGACAGCAAGGAGGUGAUCCAAGUCUGUUGAGAAAUCAGGGAAGCUGAGGACAGAAAAGGAGCCAUUACCUACGAUGACAUGGAAGCCAUUGGAAACCUUGUUGACAGUAGCGAAGAUGGAAGCCAACUGUCUUGGCUGACAGGACAGAGGUCUUGCUGAUGGCCCCACUGCCAGGGGCAGAGCUGGUCCAGAGGCCGCUGCAGCUCUACAGAUACUUGCUGCGCUGCUGCCGGCAGCUGCCCACCAAGGGCAUCCAGGAGCACUACAGACAUGCUGUCAGGCAGAGUUUCCGGGUUCAUUCAGAUGAAGACAACCCUGAGAGAAUCCAGCAGAUUAUUAAAAGAGCCAUCGAGGAUGCGGACUGGAUCAUGAACAAACUGAUCUUCACACUCUUUGUCAUGGUUUUUGUACUUUCAUCUGUGAAGGUUCUUCAAGUGGAUAUUUCUGCAGGGAGAAUGAGUGCGGCAAAGCGCUCUUCUGCCAUCUUGCUGACAUCCUUCUCGUUGGUCAUUCCUUGGAAAGGCCAUGGAAAGGCCCUGUUCCAAGUUGCAGUACCAAACUAAGUUGGGAAAUGAAAACCCCUCCAUCCGGUACAUAUUCAGUAUGAGGUCCCAUGCCAGAUACUGGAGAUUCUUUCUCUUGCUCACACUUCCCCCUUCUCCCUCAUCUCUCCCCUGUUCUCCUCUCCCCCCCUCCCCAACUGAACUGAAGGUCUUUGAGCUGAGGUACAUUCCAGCCCUUUUCUAUUUUUUAUUGUGAGACAGGGUCUCAAUAAGUCAAUAAAUUGGCCAGGCAGGGCCCAAACUUGUGCUCCUUCUGCCUCAGCCUCCUAGAGUGCUGGGAUAAUAGGCAUUUGCAGUCAUACUUGGCAUAUGUUUUUCUCUUUUUAUAUUUUUUCAAUCUCACUAGAUAAUCUCAUCCAUAUCAUAGUGUGAGACCAAAGUGACUCCAUUUUGCUAAAAUGCACCACUCCCCUAGUCUCUCACAAGUUAAUGGUUAAAAUGUGCUUGCUUUGGGACAAAAGAUGCAAUCUGUAACAAACCAAAGUUCCUAAGUUAAUUACUCAGCCAUCUGUUUGCCCAGAAAAUAAAUGUUCUGGACCCACUAUCCAUAGAACAAUCUGUAGAUGUACUGACUGUCAGUACGUAAUGGUCGUGACUAAUAGUCAGUGUGUCUGCUGACCAUCAGUAUGUGACAGUCGGCCACUAACUUUUGUCCCUCUUUUCCCUCAUAAAACCUACAUGUAGCCACCCCUCAACCCCUGAUGCACCUGGCCAAUCAAAAAUAUACACUUCAUGCUUGCUAAUUGUCAACCAAUCAUAUAACUGCUAAAUAAAAAAAUCUCCAAACCUUGUUAUAACCUCUAUAAAAACCCCACUAAUUUAAAAUUUGGGGCUCUCAAUUCUGAUCCACUGCAUCGGUGAUGGUUGAGAGCCCCUGCUCGAGCUUAAAUAAACGACCCUCAUGCGUUUACAUCAAAAUCGGCUCCUUGGUGGUCUUUAGAGAAUUCGCGAUCUAGACACAACAUUUGGGGGCUCGUCCGGAUCCCCAAAACCCCAGGAUCCCCGUACUGGAGGGUCAACACUGGCCGGUGAGUGUCUGAUGUCUCUUUGUUUGUCUGUAAUUCGGGGGCCCAAUUUCUGGUUAGGUCAGCAGACGGUCUAGGCGGACGCGCUGCGAGGGCCGCCGACCCGGGAUCCUGGA